AACGGUGUCGGCGUCAUAGGCUCAUCAGGCCAAUUCGCGACGACAAACGCAGCAGGUCAUCCGCGCAACGCGUUAUAGUCGAGGAUUCUCAGUCGCAGUCCUCCCAAGUCAAGAUGGAUGACCUAUAUGAUGAGUUCGGUAACUUCAUCGGGGAAGAGGCUGGCUCUGAGGAGGCCUCGGAGAGGGGGAUCGAUGCGGGGGACUACGUAUACGGAGAUGAGGCAAGCGAAGCGCCCGGGACCACGGGCCAGGAACUCAUGGAAGUAGACGAUGAAGGGCCUUCAAAUGCGAUCAUCCUCCACGAGGACAAACAAUACUAUCCCACGGCGCAACAAGUAUACGGAGAAGAGGUGGAAGUGUUGGUUCGGGAGGAGGACGAGCAGCUACUCACGCAGCCGAUCAUCGCCCCCAUCGAACAGAAGAAGUUCAACAUCGAAGAAGCCGAUCUGCCUCCCGUCUUCUUCGAACGCAGCUUUCUGACGGAUUUGAUGAACUUCCCCGACCAAACCCGCAACGUCGCCCUGGCCGGCCACCUCCACCAUGGCAAGACGGCAUUCAUGGACAUGCUCGUGCUCGAGACCCAUGACAUCUCGGAAAGGUUAGACCGGAGGACAGGGAAAAAGAAAGAGGAACAACUACGGUACACGGAUAUCCAAAUCACCGAGCGCGAGCGAGGCCUAUCCACCAAGGCUGCGCCCAUGAGCCUGGUUUUGCAGAGCACCAAGGGCAAAUCGCAUCUCCUGAACAUCCUCGACACUCCUGGCCAUGUCAAUUUUGUGGAUGAGGUGGCCGCCAGUCUCAGACUAGUUGACGGCAUCUGCUUGGUCGUCGAUGUGGUGGAAGGGGUCCAGGUCAACACGGAGCAGAUCAUCAAGCACGCCGUGCUUGAAGACAUUCCCAUGACUCUGAUCAUCAAUAAGAUGGACCGUCUGAUUCUCGAGCUGAAGCUGCCGCCCAAGGAUGCGUACUUCAAGCUCAAGCAUGUGGUUGAAGAAGUCAACACGGUCAUCGAGAAUACCAUCCCUGGCAAGGGCGAAGCCAGACGUCUAAGUCCCGAGAAAGGCAACGUCCUCUUCGCCUGUACCAGCAUGGGGUGGUGCUUCACUCUGCAGUCCUUCGCCAAGAUGUACGCCAACACGUAUGGAAACAUUAAUGCCGACGACUUCGCAAAGAGGCUAUGGGGCGAUGUCUACUUCAAUCCCCGAAAGCGAACCUUCAGUAGGAAGCCGGUGGAUGAAGGCGCAAAUCGAUCCUUCGUCAACUUCGUUCUUGAGCCGAUUUACAAGAUCUUCACGCAUUCGAUCAGCGACAGCCCCGAGGACCUGAAAAAGGUCCUGGCCACUCUGGGCAUCUCACUGAAGCCAUCGCAGUACAAGGCGGACGCCCACGUCCUGUUGAAACUCGUGUGCGAGCAGUUUUUCGGUUCCUCGACAGGCUUCGUCGACAUGGUUAUCCAACACAUUCCGUCGCCCAGCGAAGGAGCGGAGAAGUGGAUUCAAAAGUACUACACGGGGCCACUCGACACCAAGGUGGCUGAGAGCAUGAAGUCCUGCAACCAAGACGGGCCCCUGGUGGUCCACGUUACCAAGCUUUUCAACACGACCGAUGCCAAGAGUUUCAACUCGUUCGGUCGGGUUCUCAGCGGCACAGCACGCCCCGGCAUGCAGGUCCGCGUGCUCGGUGAGGGUUAUUCGCUGGACGACGAAGAAGACAUGGUCAUGGCAACCAUCCAAGACGUCUAUAUUGCCGAGACGCGGUACAAUAUUCCGACCGAUGGAGUGCCGGCCGGCAAUUGGGUCCUUCUCGGCGGAGUAGACAACUCCAUCGUCAAGACGGCGACAAUCGUGCCUCCCAAGUUGGACGAUGACGAGGACGCAUACAUCUUCAAGCCCAUCACGCAUUUUACGGAAUCGGUCCUGAAGGUGGCUGUGGAGCCUGUCAAUCCCUCCGAGCUGCCCAAGAUGCUCGACGGCUUGCGCAAAAUCCAGAAGAGCUACCCUCUCAUCGUCACCAAGGUGGAAGAAUCGGGAGAACAUGUCAUCCUGGGAACGGGGGAGCUGUACAUGGACUGUGUCCUCCACGACCUGAGACGGUUAUACGCCGACAUGGAGAUCAGGGUCUCUGACCCGGUCACCAGAUUCUGCGAGACCGUGGUUGAGCAGUCGGCAACCAAGUGCUACGCCAUCACGCCAAACAAGAAGAACCGAAUCACAAUGGUUGCCGAGCAGCUCGACAAGGGCAUCUCGGAAGACAUCGAGUCAGGGAAGGUCCGGAUUCGUGAUCCCAUCCGUAAGACGGCCAAUUAUUUCGAAGAGAACUAUGGGUGGGACAAACUGGCAGCCAGGAGCAUAUGGGCAUUCGGCCCUGAUGAGAUGGGUCCAAACAUAUUGCAGGACGAUACUUUACCGUCUGAGGUUGACAAAAAGCUUUUGACAACCGUCAAGGAGACAAUCCGUCAGGGAUUUAGCUGGGCGACUAGGGAAGGACCUCUUUGUGAAGAACCCAUCCGAAAUACAAAGUUCAGGGUCACAGAUAUGACCCUAGCAUCCGAAGCUAUCUUCCGUGGCGGUGGUCAGAUCAUCCCCACCUCACGACGCGCAUGUUACUCCUCGUUCUUAAUGGCAUCCCCUCGCCUGAUGGAACCACAGUAUGCCAUCUCGGUCACCGGCCCUGAGGAUUCGGCUACCGAAGUAUACACAGCGCUAGCUCGUCGCCGUGGACACGUGUUGUCCGACGGCCCAAUCCCCGGCACGCCGCUCUACCGAGUCAACGGCCUGCUUCCCGUCAUUGAUUCGUUCGGUUUCGAGACGGCCCUCCGGAUCCAAACGCAGGGGUCCGCCAUGGUGAGCCUCGUAUUCGACAGCUGGAGCAUUGUUCCCGGCGACCCUCUCGACAAGAACGUCGUGCUCCGCCCUCUUCAGCCUGCCAAUGCCCAAGCCACAGCGCGUGACUUUGUGCUCAAGACCCGGAGGAGAAAGGGACUCAGCGAGGACGUCAGCAUUGCGACAUUUUUGGAGCCGGAAUUUUACCAGACUCUCAAGGAAAAUGGAACUCUCGGUGACUAGUUUCAGGCGUCUGAGGUAGGAAGGAAUGUUUUGGGGGGUGGGGGGUUGCUUUUUGGGAGUGCGUCGGUCUUCGACGACCGGCAGUUGAAGCAGAUGAAGAAAUCGUAACAUGUACUCCAGCUCGAUUUGGGAUGGCCUGAUCAGGUGUCAGCAAUCGUCAGGUGUGCGGAUGAGGGUAUGCCCACCCAGUCUGAAACUCACUUCUAGUACACGAUGUGUGCCAGGGCGGCUCAUCAACCCAUUGUUGCUGGACAGAACACUCUUGACUUUUAUUAUUCACAUACUAGGAGAGAACUGGGAAAGUGGACGACCAAUCUGUUCACAUGGACAACAUCCUUUGGGCGUAGGUACGGGGGUUUAGGAUGCAAUUAGCAAGUAAAGGCGAUCGGAAUAUAUAUUAUAGUAAUUUCAAGGCCCAAGAUCUCUGUGGCGUGAAUAUCUGCCC